AACAGGACAGAAUGAUAACGACUAAGAGUUUGCAGCGAUGGAGACAGUUUUAGUGAUCGCACUGUGUUUGCUCUGGACAAGAACAUCAGCGUCAUCAGUUGAGCGACCGCCUGAGCCUCGUAAUGUUGACUUCUACUCCGAGAACCUGAGGAACAUUGUGAGGUGGACUCCAGCAGCAGGAUCUGCCAACGGCACCGUCUACACGGUGGAGUACGCCAUUUACGGCGAUGAGGAGGAGAGCGGCUCUGAGCGGGUGAGGUGGAGGCGUGUGGAGCACUGCUCCUCCGUCACACAGAGCGAAUGUGACGUGUCUCAGCAGACCUUUAACCUGGAGGAGGACUACUACGCCAGAGUCAGGGCCGCCAGCGCAAACACGCAGUCCGUCUGGACCGAGAGCAUGCACCGCUUCAGCCCCGCGCUCCACACGGUCCUCGGCGCGCCGCUACUGGAGCUGACUGUGCUGCAAAACUACAUAAACGUCACGAUAAAGGGGCCCUUCAGAUGGAGAACGAAGAGGACAAAGAAAGAGAAGUCACUCUGGAAGAUCUUCCCACACAUGAUCUAUAACGUCUCUGUGUUCAACGGCAGGAGCAGUCACACGAACUACAUGCUUCUUAAAAAUGGGAACGUGACGUUGGGCCCUCUGGACUUUUCCACCCGGAUCUGUGUGAGUGUCCAGGCCCAGUCGGAGUCUCUGCCUCUGGCCUACAAACCCAGCGAGCGGCAGUGCGUCGAGACGCCCAAAGAUCCGUUCAGAGAUCAGCUGCUGGCUGCUAUGUUGGGCGGCGUGCUGCCGUCUGCGCUCUGUCUGUGUGUCCUCGUUGUGCUCGCGGGACUCGUCCACUGCUACAUCACUGACCACAGACAGAGACUGCCCAAGAGCACGCACGUGGUUGGUAUGAGUGAAAGGUUUCACACUUUCCAGCCAGAACAACAAUCUCCAACAAUCAUCGUUAACGUGGUCAAAAUGGGUUUGUAUGGAGAGGAGUCGGCUCUGCCUCAGCUGGUGUGCGGUGAGGACUCGUCAGCGGCGGUGUGUUACGCUCAGCAGCACGCUCCUCCGUUACCGGACGGGGAGGACUCUGUGAGCGUGGACUCUGAGCCACAGGAGGCCGCAGAUUACGGCAUCGUGCUGCCAGCCGCUGUCGAAGCCGAGAGCAGCCCAUACCGGACACAAGAGCACACAGUGCUGUCUGUGAACGCCUGUGAGGAUGAGCCAGACGAUCAAGACCAAGCACAGAUAUUCCUGGACUGGAGCCCAGAGACUGGAGAACUGAAGAUCCCUCUGAUGGGCUUGUUAGGUCUGGAGCAUGAAGCUGAGAUCCAGACUGAAGCGGUCACGCUGCUGCCUAACCUCAUCCUGAGACAGAGCUCAGGGGAAAGCUGCGAGCCGGAGCCGGACCACUUCAUCAAGAUGGAGCGAGACUGGGGCCUCGUCAUCCACUCCAGCCCAGACUGACAGAGGAAUAAUGCUGCUGCUGCUGCUGCUGCUUCAGACUCCUGACAGAAUAUGAAGAU